AAAAAGAUGAACACUCUCCUCGCCUUUGCUGUGCUGUUUGCUUGGGGUUUGUCCCCAGCUGACGGGGGCCUCUGGGAGCUGCACAAGAUGAUCACGAAGGUGACGGGGAAAAACGCCUUGCUGCAUUACUCCUUCUAUGGCUGCUACUGCGGCUUGGGCGGCAAAGGGCAGCCCAAGGACACCACGGACAGAUGCUGCCAGUUGCACGAUACUUGCUACAACAACCUCCUGAGCUACCGCUGCCACGCCAAGAUGCACUACGGCUGGCACAGCGUCAGCCCCUCCUGCAGAGACAGCUCCUGGUGCGCCCAGCUCACCUGCGAGUGUGACCGCAGCCUGGCGCUUUGCCUGAAGCGAAGCAUCGGGAGCUACAGCAAACGCUACCGCUUCUACCCCAAACACCGGUGCCGGUGA